GACGGACUCGGUCUGAGUUGUUAGUGAUGUCGAGUCGGAAAGGCCGUUUCUUCGGGACGCGAUCACUUAAGAGGAAUUUCAUCCUGGUUAGACUGAAAAUGCCCUCCGAACUCUCCUAAAUUGGUUGCCAUUGCAGCUGAGCAGAGAUGGCACCAACACCAACUCCAGCCCCUCUGGAGAGUGGAAGUGGAGGUGGCCCGAUGGAGACUGUGGGCUCAAUGGGGGGCCAGAUGGGAACCAUAUCCUUAGGGGUUCUCAUUCAGUAUAUUAACCAGAGAACCUAUUCAGAUCUGCUCAAUUUGGCAGAAAUUUUGCCGAGGAAAAGUGAUUUAGAAAAGAAGAUAGACAUUGUUCAAUAUGCCCAACGGACAAGACAGCUAUAUGUUCGUCUCUUGGCCUUGGUCAAAUGGGCAGCCAGUGCUUCAAAAGUGGACAAAUGCUGUCAUAUUAUGGCACUGCUGGAAAAGCAAAAUAAUCUCUUUACGUACACAGCUGAUAAGCUGUACCACAUGACCAAAGAAAACUUAGUAUGUGCUCGUCUUCCUCACUUUCACAUCCCAGCUGCUGUAGAAACACUCACUACUGGUUCCUAUGACCGGUUACCAUUGACCAUACGGCAGCGCAUCCUUCCCCCAGAGCCAAUCACGGCAUUGGAACGCAAACAAACACUGACUCGAUUGGAACAGAUCAUUCAGCAUCGGUUGGUUACAACUGAACUUCCACCACAAAUGAGGACAAGUAGAAUUGAAAACGGUCGUGUAAAGUUCACGGUGGAGCAUGAGUUUGAAGUUAGUCUCACACUCAUGGGAGAUAGCAUAACAGAGCCUUGGAGGCUUUUGGAGAUUGAAAUUCUGGUUGAAGACAAAGAAACUGGGGAUGGCAAAGCUCUUGUUCAUCGAAGACAGGUAUUAUUUAUUCAUCACCUCAUUCAGUCAAGAUUACAGGACAACCCAAAACCUUUACACGAGACUUACAUGGUCCUACACUCUUUCUGUCAGGCAUUACAGCUGGAGGUCCUCUUUGUACAAACACAGAAGCUCUUGGAGGAUAGGCUGGACUUUCACAUUCGCAUUGAGGAAUAUCUGCAAGGAAGGUCCCUCACUUUGACCUACUGGAGAGAGUUGACACAACGAGAUCCUUCAGCACAGUUAGGAUACAGACUCACUGUGCAGGUUGACCCUACAGAGCCCUCAAAACCUCUUAUGGUAUUGCAUACACCAUCGUUAGGGUCUAAGGAAUCAGAGAUUGCUGAACGUGCUAUCCGUAGUGACCACCUGUCAAUUGAGAGAUUAUUAGUUCAUACAAUUUAUUUAAGGACAAAGAUUCGCCUUUCUGAACUAAAGCAAGAAAUGGAUUCUAAACUAGGAAAUGAUGCCGAAAAAUGUCAACUUAGUGGAUCUCCAGCAGUGCUUCAUGUACCCAUCCUUCAACCAAAUCUAAGAUCUGAGCAGCUGUUGAUCACUGUGGACACUCACACAGGGGUGCUUUUACCUCACAUCCCACAGUAUGACAACUGCCACAUAAUAUCAGACUUGCAAAGUGCACUAAACCAUGAUAAAUCAAAAGUGGAUGAUUUGAUCUCAGAACUCAGAUACUGGCUCAUGGUACGUCGGACAGAAAAAACACUGCAACAUCUUCCAGCAACAGCCCAUGAACGCCUGCCCCUCAUGUAUUUUGCCACACAUCCACUGAACUCCCUUGGCAAGCACAAGGUCUUCAUUACAUUCCACAAACAUCCUGGAUAUGUUGUGAUUGUGGAGUUCAGUGAGAAAGAAGGAAGCCCAUGUGAAAUCGAGCAAAGCCUCUAUUUUAUGGUAGUCAAACAAGCGAGUAUUGAGGACAACCCAAAUGACGACACAGUGCAAACAGCACUGCCCAAGUCUUACAUGCGGGCAUAUGACCUUGUGAAACUUGAUUCUUUUGUGUGCACACAUGGACCUUCAACUAAAGUUGAUGAGCCAGGAGAGAGAGCCUUGGGAGGUAAGAGAAAACUACAACAGCGAGCAGAGCCAGCUAGUAAAAGAGUCAAGGUGCCGGCCUACUUCUUGCCAGAUGUAGCCCAGUGUGUUGCUAUGAGUGAUAUGAAACUACCUCUUACACACUUAUCACUCAAGCUUCGUGAAAGGAAUGUUUUCAAUACUGGAGAACAAGUGGAGGAAGGCGGUAUGGGAGUGCUUCUACGACUGAUUGAUCUACCAUCAGUAGAAGGCCUAUCUUCUGACACUGUGAUAGCUUUAAGAAAAAACCUUCUCUCUUCUUCCAUCAGAAUUCAAGUUCCGCAAUUCAAAGGUUCUCGAGUCUUUGGAAUGGAGUACCUGUUUACAAACUGCCCUGUGACAAGCCAGCACUCUCGUGAGCAAGGGCCACGUCGUGCCGCAUACUUUACCUAUGAAGUGACAGAAAAUGUCAACAGUACAGUAGAUGCCAUAUUGGCUGAUUGGACUGUUAUCUCACAACUGUAUCAGCUGGUUCUCACAUUUGCAGCUCAUCUAUCAGCUUCAAGAGCUGGUGUUGAAUCAGCUGGAAGUAGCAGUAGCUGCAGUAGCAGUGGGGCUAAUCCUAAAAGCUUAAGUGAGAUGGUGCGAGUGAAGUCAUUCAACUACAAAAGCAUGACUCUUGCUUAUGGCCCUAGCUAUGACGCAUUUGUUAUCAUAAGAUACAAUGCAGAAAAGAAGGCCUUCACUUUAAGCUUUG